UCCCCAAUCCUCGAGAUUUUUCCUCUAAGAACAACUAUGCUGUUCUAUGUAGCUACUUAUAUUGCUUCCCCCGCUCUAAAAUUUGCCUUUUUUCUUACAAAUUUCUCACCAAUUAUCCAAAAGGAUUAAUGGGUCGAUUGUGAAUCUGAGUUCCAGUGGAGGAGAUGAUGGCAAAUGGGCAUCUGGGUCCUUUAAUUUUAGGUAAAAAUGGGAUUUUCCCCCAAAAUUCGCCUCCGAAUCCUUGUAUACCUCAUGGGUUUUUGAUUCCUCGAAGACCCAUUUUAGGGAUCACCAUGGACUGCAUGUUGGUGAGAAAAAGUUGGGUUUUUGAUGGAAGGGCACCUAAGUUUAGGGUAGUGAGCGCUUUAGCUAGUGGAGAAGCCGAAGCCCCUUCGGCCGAUUUGCGGUCUCUUGAGAAGGAGCUCAAGUUUAGCCCCACUUUCUCUGAUUAUGUGAAGAUCAUGGAAUCGGUUAAAUCGGAUCGGAGUAGGGAUUCGGAUGGAGAUUUGGUUGAUAGUAGCUUGAAGAAGAGAUUGACAGGAAAAAGUGACACUUUUGUAGCUGAUGUUAAAGGAAAGAAGAGGUCGGUAAAGUCAGAAAAGCGAUUAGUUAGAGUAAGAGAUUCAUCUCGCGAUGGGCGGAAAAAUGGGGAAGACGAUCGACGAAACAGGGUAAAGCCUGGUGCAGUUGAGAGAAGUUGUAGUACUAGUGGCAGUAGGUUGGAAUUAGUCCAAGAGCUUUUCGAUAAAGGAGCUGCAGGAAGAAGUGGUGGAAGUGUUAGAGAUGAAAUGCUUGAGAUUGGAAAUAAGAGCGAUGUGAAGGAAGGAAGAAAAGUUGAUUUGUAUAAAAAGGCUAGCGGUGCGCGGGUAAAAAUGGUUAGUAAACAAUUUGAAGAGCAAGAAAUCGAUCGCCUAAAUGGGCGAAUGGAUUCGAAAGGAAAUGAGUUAGUUGAUGACUUUGGGGUUUCUAAUAGGAUUAAGAGUAGAGUGGGAAGUAGAAAAACGGAUAUAGAUGGAAAGAGUAAUGGCUCAAAUAGCAUAAGAGAAAAUGAACCAAAUCGAAAUACACUUGCACCAAAAGCGAAAAUAUCGAGUCCUGUAAAGAGAACUUUUGAGAAAGAUAGAGAUUUUAGUCAUGAUUAUAGUCAUGUUGGAAAAGAUGGAGCUUUUCGGGUGCACAGCGAAGAUGGUGCACGAUCCAGUAAGGUUUGUUUGAGAGAUAUGGAUAACGGCGACUUUGAAGACAGAGCUGCCUUCAAGACUUUCAAGGUGUUCACUGAUGUUAGGAACAGGCCGCGAGUUCUCCGAAUGGAGAUGGAAGAGAGAAUCCAGAAGUUAGCUAGUCGGUUGAACGCUACAGAUGUAAAUAUGCCUGAGUGGCAAUUUUCGAAGAUGAUGCAUGGUACAAAAAUCAGAUUCUCGGAUCAUUCCAUCCUGAGAGUUGUUCAGAUUUUGGGUCGGCUUGGGAACUGGAAACGUGUAUUACAAGUUGUUGAAUGGCUUCAAACCCGUGAACGAUUUAAGUCCUACAAGAGCAGGUAUAUCUAUACAACUGUGCUAGAUGUGCUUGGUAAGGCCAAGCGACCAUUUGAAGCUCUGAAUAUAUUUUACACUAUGCGGAAGGAAUUAUCUUCAUAUCCUGACCUUGCAGCUUACCAUUGUAUUGCCGUCACACUCGGGCAAGCAGGCCUUAUGAAAGAACUAUUCGAUGUUAUUGAUUGCAUGCGAGCUUUGCCCGAGAAGAAGUUUAAGUUGGGUCCACUUCAAAAAUGGGACCCGCGCUUGGAACCAGACCUCAUCGUGUAUAAUGCAGUCUUGAAUGCUUGUGUCCAACAGAAGCAGUGGGAAGGAGCAUUUUGGGUAUUACAACAGUUAAGACAACAGAAUAUACGCCCGACAAAUACGACUUAUGGUCUGGUAAUGGAGGUAAUGCUCGCUUGUGGCAAGUACAACUUGGUGUAUGAGUUCUUUAGAAAGGUGGAGAAGUCUUCCAUACCAAGCACUUUGAAUUACAAAAGUAUGUUGCAAGACUUGUAUAAUAAAUCCCUUUCGUCAUCUGUAGUGCUCAUUAAUGCUCUAUGGAGAGAAGGGAAAAUAGAUGAGGCCGUGCUAGCUGCAAAGGAUAUGGAAAGACGCGGAAUUGUGGGAUCAGCUAGCCUCUAUUAUGACCUUGCUCGCUGUCUUUGUAGUGCAGGAAGGUGCCAAGAAGCACUUCUUCAGGUCGACAAAAUAUGCAAGGUGGCAAAGAAACCACUGGUCGUAACCUAUACGGGACUAAUUCAAACUUGUGUCGACUCUGGGAACAUGGAAAAUGCCGGAUAUAUUUUUAACCAAAUGCAGAGGUUCUGCUCACCCAAUAUUGUGACUUGCAACAUCAUGCUGAAAUCAUAUAUAGAACAUGGAAUGUUUGAGGAAGCAAAGGGUCUUUUUCACAAAAUUUUGGACGGCAGCCACCAGAUAAAUAGCAAAACUGAUUUGAACAAAAGGGUCGUUCCCGAUAAAUUCACGUUCAAUACCAUGAUGGAGGCUUGUGCGGAAACGAAAAACUGGGAAGAGUUUGAGAAUGUUUUUCAGCAGAUGUUACAUCAUGGCUACCAUUUUGAUUCAAGAAGGCACCUGCGCAUGGUACUCGAUGCUUUCAGGGCUGGAAAGACACAGGUAUUAGAUGCAACAUGGGAUCACCUUCUUUCUUUCAGGCGGGUUCCGCCCCCUCCUCUAAUUAUGGAGAGAUUUUGUCUCAAACUGAUCGAAGGCGACCCUGCAGCGUCCAUCUCCAGCAUUACAAGUUGUCAAGAUACAGAAUUACACAACAUUUCUGCGAAGGCUUGGUUGAAUCUACUGUUAAAAAAUGCCGACCGCUUAAAGAAGGACACAAUUGUCGAGUUGGCUUGCAAGGUGAGUAACCUUAUAGCUUCAAGCAGCCGUCCUCAGCCAGUAUUUCAGAAUAUACUGGACAGUUGUACAAAAUUUCUCCCUGAUAUACCACUAACUACUUAAUAAAUGAGAAGUUUUGAGUUGUGAAUUUCUUGGUUAAAUUUUAAUUACCUUGCUCUUGAGUAUCAUUGAUUAAAUUUUAAAA